UAUCUAGCAACAUGUCGAUGGUCCCUAACUUUGAUGUACUUUAGCUAGCAAGCAAGACAAGGCAGUAACAUAUUCAGCAGCUAGUUAGUCGUGCAAGCUUUGAAAGAGGAGAAAGUCCAUUGAUAUUGCGCUCUACCUCAACAUGACGACCAAGCAGGAAUUCUUUGUGGACAUGACAUGUGAGGGAUGCUCUGGUGCAGUUACCCGAGUCCUCAAUAAACUGGGUGGUGUCCAAUUUGAGAUCGACCUCCCCAACAAGAAGGUUUUCAUUGAGUCUGACAAGGACACGGAUGUGCUUCUGGAAACCCUUAAGAAGACUGGAAAGGCGGCUAACUACAUCGGCCCCAAGUGAAGAAUCCUUCUCUCUCCUUUUAUAGAACCGGUGAACUCUCACGGUCUAAAUAUAUAUUAAGUGACAAUUAAUUAAAUAUCGACAACGUCCCCCUCCAUCCCAACAUGUCGUUCCUCUUCUCAUCAUUUGCAACCUGUUUUGUUUCUGUGUGUUAGCUGUUGGGUUGGUGAUUAUCUGAAGGAUGACUAUGAGAAGAAAGAACCCUCUGACUGCAGAACAGUCUUGCUGUUAUGUCUUCAAGGAUCACUGUAAUGAGUUCACGCUGCCAAGCUGUCCACUUUUGUUAUUUAAACACUAUUUAUGCAUCCCGAAUGGCACCAUAUGGACCCCAGUCCAAAGUAAUAGAGUACUGUUUGGGACGCAUCCACUAUGAAAAUCCAGUACGAUUGCUGACUAAAUUAAAUAGAUCAUGUACCUCUAUGGGUUAAUGUUAGGCCUACUGCAGGUAAAGUUGAAGUCAGUUUUGUCAUAAUGAAGCAGCUAUUGUAAUUCACGUUGAUUUGGACAGUUGGGGUGGGGGGGGGGUCCUGUAUUAAGUUUUCCUUUCAUCUCUGAAUAUUGUUCAUGUUCACCCAUAUGUCGAAUUAAAAAGUUGAUUCUA